UCGCGCGCGCCUGCAGCAUGGCUCGCUGGCACAUCCUGGGCUUGGCCCUGUGCUGCUGCCUCGGGGAAACAUGGGCAGCAACGCUGGGUGUGGUGUACACGGAAGGAGGUUUUGUGGAAGGUGAGAACAAAAGGCGAGGGCUCUUCGGGAGCUACGUUGAUAUCUUCAGAGGAAUCCCUUUUGCUGCCCCUCCAGAGAUUCUGGAAGACCCCCAACCACAUCCUGGCUGGGAAGGAACACUGAAAACAAAAGAAUUCAAACCCCGCUGCCUGCAGACGACACUUGCACAAACGGAUACGCGUGGGAGCGUGGACUGUCUCUAUCUGAACAUCUGGAUCCCUCAAGGGAGGAAGGAAGUCUCCACUAACCUGCCCGUGAUGGUCUGGCUUUACGGUGGCGCCUUCCUCCUCGGAGGCAGCCAGGGAGCCAACUUCUUCAACAACUACCUCUACGAUGGCGAGGAGAUCGCUGUGCGGGGCAACGUGAUCGUGGUCACGCUCAACUACCGCGUGGGGCCCCUGGGCUUCCUGAGCACGGGUGACGAGAACGCGCCAGGGAACUACGGGCUGAAGGACCAGCACAUGGCUAUUGCCUGGGUGAAGAGGAAUAUCAAGGCCUUUGGAGGUGACCCAGAAAACAUAACCAUCUUUGGGGAAUCUGCUGGUGGCGCCAGUGCCUCCCUGCAGAUGCUGUCCCCAUACAACAAAGGGCUCUUCAAAAGAGCCAUUAGUCAGAGCGGGGUUGGUCUCUGCAGCUGGGCCAUCCAGAAGGACCCUCUUCCCUGGGCUCAGAAGAUCGCAGAGUCUGUGGGCUGCUCUACAGACAACACAGCUGUCCUGGCUAACUGCUUACGAGCCACGGACCCCAAAACUCUGACCAUGGCCUACCACCAGGAACUGACCAACUUGCCCUCUUCCGUUGUUCAUCACCUUGCCCUCGGCCCUGUUGUGGAUGGAGACUUCCUCCCAGACAUGCCGGAGAACCUCUUUGACAACGCUGCUGAUAUUGACUAUAUUGCGGGGGUCAACAACAUGGACGGGCACUUCUUUGUUGGGAUUGACUUUCCUGCUGUCAACCGCCCGCUUGUGAAAGUGACUGCGGAGGAGGUCUAUAAGCAGUUCGAAGGCCUGACUGUGGAGAAGGGAGAGAGAGGAGCCAAUGCAACGUACGCUCUCUACACUCAGAUGUGGAACACCGACCCUGACCAGGAGGUUAUGAAGAGGACGGUGGUGGACGUGACUACCGAUUACAUGUUCCUCGUUCCCACACAGUGGGCCCUGAAGCUCCACCAGCUGCACGCCGGGACCGGCAAGACGUACAGCUAUGUGUUCUCCCAGCCGUCCCGAAUGCCUAGCUACCCAAGCUGGGUAGGGGCAGACCAUGCUGAUGACCUGCAGUAUUUGUUUGGGAAACCCUUCGCCACACCCCUUGGCUACCUUUCCAAGCACAGGACUGUCUCCAAAGCCAUGAUUGCUUAUUGGACCAAUUUCGCCAGAACAGGUGAUCCCAACACAGGGCAUUCCACGGUGCCCAUUGGCUGGCUGCCCUAUACCCUCGACACUACCAACUACCUGGAUAUCAACAGCGAUAUUAGCUACGAUUCCGUGAAGCAGGAUCUGAGAUCCCCAUACGUGAACUUCUGGCAUUCAGUCUACCAGGAACUGCCCCAGGUUACUGACAUCUCCCUUAAGUAG